AUGAUGUUCUCUACACUCGCCUCAUUGCUUGGAGGGGGCCUGAUGACCCAGCCACCAGCAACUAACUACUCCAUGGGCGGUGACCCUAGUUCGGACCUCCAGGUUGUAAUCUGGAAUGGGACUACACCAUAUUGGCGCAGAUCUGUGUGGGAUGGUGAAUUGGUCGAUGGCUGGUAUCAAGGUAGCACUGGCUUCAUCAUGACCCUGACAAUUGUCUACCAAGGGCGUGAGUUAUACAUGACAUUCACCGUCUCCGACGACUCGCCAAGCAUGCGAAUGGUGCUGCACUACACGGGCAUGUUUAGGUUUCUGGUGUGGAACAGCAACUCGUCAUCAUGGGAGGUUUUCACAGAGCAGCCAAGUCCUAGCUGUGACCAAUACGCCUACUGCGGACCAUUUGGCUACUGUGAUGCCACUGAAACAGUUCCGAAAUGCAACUGCCUCAGUGGGUUUGAGCCUGACGGUGUUAACUUCUCCAGAGGGUGCCGGAGAAAGGAGGAUCUGAAAUGUGGCGGUGGCGAUAAUUUCUUGACCUUGAGAGGUAUGAAGAUACCCGAUAAGUUCGUAUAUGUCAGGAACAGAGGCAUCGACCAAUGCAGAGCAGAGUGCAGCCGUAAUUGCAAUUGCACUGCGUAUGCUUAUGCUAACCUGCAAAAUGGCAGCACGUCUGAUGACGUGCCAAGGUGCUUGAUUUGGUUGGGGGAGCUUGUCGACACAGGAAAGUUUCGUGAUGGCGAGAACCUGUACCUCCGUCUAGCCAGUUCAACAGUUGCCAAAGAGAGCAAUGUAUUGAAGAUUGCACUCCCAGAUGCAGUUCAUGAGUUAUUCGUAAGAAACAAUAUUGAUAAAAAGCUAUUUCUGUCAGGCAAACGACGAAUCAAGAAAGUUAAGAAUAAAUAUGCACGACAACACUCGAAAAAUUCCAAAUCUAUCGAACUUGAGAACGAAACCAUAGAACUUCCAUAUAUUUGCUUUGAAGAUGUUGUUACUGCAACGGACAAUUUCUCAGAUUACAACAUGCUUGGGAAAGGUGGCUUCAGAAAAGUUUACAAGGGACGGUUACAAGGUGGCUAUGAAGUUGCUGUCAAAAGGCUAAGCAAGAGUUCUGGUCAAGGGGCUGACGAGUUCAGAAAUGAAGUGGUUCUGAUUGCCAAAUUGCAGCAUAGAAACUUAGUUAGGCUUCUUGCUUACUGCACUCACGAAGAUGAGAAGUUAUUGAUAUAUGAAUACUUACCUCACAAAAGUUUAGAUGCCUUCCUUUUUGAUGCCACAAGAAAUUUUGUGCUUGAUUGGCCGACCAGGUUUAAGGUAAUUAAAGGGAUAGCGAGAGGGCUUCUUUAUCUCCAUCAAGAUUCAAGGCUAACAAUAAUCCAUCGUGAUCUCAAAGCAAGCAAUGUCUUGUUAGAUGCGGAAAUGAACCCUAAAAUAUCAGAUUUUGGUAUGGCAAGGAUCUUUGGAGGAAAUGAGCAGCAAGUGAACACUAUCCGUGUUGUUGGGACAUACGGUUACAUGUCUCCUGAAUAUGCAAUGGAAGGUUCCUUUUCUGUCAAGUCUGACAUGUAUAGCUUUGGCAUUCCUCUGUUGGAGAUUGUAAGCGGGUUAAAGAUUAGCUCAUCCCAUCUCACAAUGGAUUUUCCAAGCCUUAUAGCUUAUGCAUGGAGCUUAUGGAAAGAUGGAAAUGCAGGAGAAUUGGUGGACUCGUCCAUUACGGAGAUCUGUCCACUUCAUGAAGUUCUGCGGUGUAUUCAGUUAGGUCUCUUGUGUGUUCAAGACGAUCCAAGUGCUCGUCCACUCAUGUCAUCCACCGUGUUCAUGUUAGAAAAUGAAACAGCCCCGCUUCCUACUCCGAAGGAGCCUGUAUAUUUUAGGCAACGGAAGUAUGAAGUUGAAGACCAAAGGCAAGACUAUGACCUGGAAAUGUCUCUUAAUGGCAUGACUAUGACAAUGGAAGAGGGGCGUUAA